UGUGUGCCUGUGCGUGUGGGAGAGAGCCCAUUGAAUUGAAGUGAGAAAGAAGUGGAGGGAGGGAGAAGUAGAGGGGGAGAGCGUGUGUUUAUGUCUCAGAGUGUGACAAAUAGAGGGACAGGGAGUGGGCACAAAACAAGAAAGCGUCAGGUUUCAGUAAGCUUGAGGAGGUUUCGAGGAGCUGGUUAGUCAACGGGAUAACAUCACAGCGAAGGGACCUAAUAACUUCACUCGACCUUUGAAUCUAAGGUUUGGCGAUUUGUUGAGGGAAGGAAGGGGCGCCUGAGUUUUCGAAAAAAUAAGCCACAAUUUUCUUCACAAUGCAGAGACCGGGCGGCCAAGGGACGGCGUUUUCGAUCGACUCCUUGAUAGGAACUCCGCAGCCUCGGCCGGGACACCUGCUCUACACUGGCUACCCGAUGUUUAUGCCGUACAGACCCUUGAUGAUUCCUCAAUCUUUAUCUCAUUCACAUUUACCAUCUGGCAUACCUCCUUUGGCGCCGUUGGCAUCUUUCGCCGGACGUCUUACCAACACAUUCUGUGCGAGUUUGGGACAGGGGAUGCCGUCCAUGGUGGCUCUCACGACAACACUGCCGAGUUUCUCGGAUCCGCCGGAUAGUUUCUAUCCUCCCCAAGAGCUCCCCGGACCUCGGUUAAGUGCCGACCCUGGAACGAGGAGAAUAGAGAGCCCCCACUCAGAUGAUCUGCAUGGAAGAGACAAGGGAUCGGACUUACUCAACUUCUCGGAAACUUUUCAAACUAUGCCAGGUGAGACUAAAUUGUACAGCUCUGACGAUGAGAAGUUUGACCUGAAAUCAGCAGACGCAGUUUGCAGUGACCGAGAUGACAGCUCUGCCGUCGACAGCGAAAACGAAAGCUUCUCCGAUGGGAACAACUGUGGUUCUUUAUCCCAAAAGAGUAAACUAAAACCCGGGUCACAGGAAGCAUUACCACCAGGAAGCUCAGCGGGAAAGAGCAGAAGAAGACGGACAGCUUUUACAAGCGAGCAGCUACUUGAACUUGAGAAGGAAUUUCAUUGUAAAAAGUACCUUUCGCUCACCGAACGCUCUCAAAUAGCACACGCACUUAAAUUGAGCGAGGUGCAGGUCAAAAUUUGGUUCCAGAAUCGUAGGGCCAAAUGGAAAAGAAUCAAAGCGGGAAACGUCAAUAACAGGUCGGGAGAGCCUGUGAGAAACCCCAAAAUUGUGGUCCCCAUUCCAGUGCACGUCAACAGGUUUGCGGUGAGGAGUCAACACCAACAGAUAGAGCAAACAAGGCCAUGAUGAACUAUCCUGGCCUAAACUUUAAAAAAGAAACGGACAUUAAUUCUGACAAAAGAAAGUUCAGGGUUGUUAAAUGCAUGAAGCACAAAAAGGGAUGGAAUUUUUUGGUCAACAAGAUUACUUUUUACAUCACAAGAGUCCGAUUAACUUGACAACAUAGGAUAUCAUGUUAUCGCUUGGCAGAUUAAUGAAUUUGUCAAAUAUGAUAUCAUGUUUUAUUUAUUGUUUGUACAUUUGUAAAUAUUAUGUGUCGGGUGACACAGACAGCCACUAUGAAAUUGUAAACAUUAUUUUCUAAAAUAUUUAUAUCUAGGGCCUAUAAAUGUUCUGUUUAUUAUCUGCAUGUGCUUCAUUCGGUGAAGCUAUUUCAAACUUGUUGUAUUUGGUAUCGUUUCGUUGAUCACAUGUUGCAUGUACCUUACAAAGUUUUCAUUUUUGGUAGGCUACUGUAAGAACUGUAUUCGCCAGCUGUUUGUGAGAGAAAAAUAAAUAUGUGAAGAAAAAUAAAUAACCAAACAAGGAAAUACUGUAAAGUAUAUUGACUUAUUAAAUCCAUUUAUAUUA